GGAAUUUUAUUCUUUCUCGUAAUUCUGAUUUUCUCGUGACGAGAGAAACUAAAUGUGUGUAUAUUUACCAAAGGGAAUUUGCAACUGUGGAUCCUUCCCUUGUCGAUGUGAUCGGCACUGAUGGGCAAGAUAGCUGUGUUGGUGUGGUCAUACGAAACCCUAAAAGUGGAUUGAUAUCAGUUGCCCAUAUGGAUUUGCCGGGAGUUAUUAAUAAUGGCCUUACUCAGAUGUUAUCGUCCGUUAUUGAUCAAGAGAAUGAUGAAAUUUUGGAUGUACAUAUACAUACAUUACAUAUUUACAUACAUUAUAAUGACCUUCAACCCAAUGUUUACGUGAUUUAAUGUGCUAACACAAUCAUUUAUAUAUAACUAACUACGUACG